GAAGGUCCGAAGAGGUUCGCCGAAGUAAUCCCCCUUCACCCCCUUCUCUCCCCAUCUCUCGCAGCCUCUUUCAGUCUGGGAAACAUGUCUUCCUUCCCUGGAAGCGAUCAUGACGGCGGAACAAAACCUUUUUUUUGCUACAAAUGCGAUCGCAGAGUCAAUAUUCCCGUCUCCGAUUCGUCCGACCCCUUCUGUCCGUUCUGCUUUCAAGGCUUUCUUGAAGAAGUCGAAAACCCUAACCCUAACCCUUUUGGAGACCCAGAGCCCUCUUUUGGCUUUGAUCCUUUGUCCUUUCUUCCCCUUCUCUUGUCCACUGCUUCUCGCACCAGGAUUCGACCAGAUUCUGUUGAUUCUGACAUAUUCGACCCUGUUAAUUUUCUCCAGAACCACCUUCGUGAUCUUCAGGCUGAUGGCGCGAACGUCCAAUUCGAGUUCAAUCAUCCUUCUGAACAAGCGUUUCGGCUACCCACAAACAUUGGCGAUUACUUUCUUGGUCCUGGCCUGGAGCAAUUGAUACAGCAGCUCGCGGAGAACGACCCAAACCGUUAUGGCACCCCACCUGCCUCGAAAUAUGCCGUGCAGAAUCUUCCAGCUGUUACUGUCACUGAUGAAUUGUUGAACUCGGAAAUGAACCAGUGUGCGGUAUGUCAGGAUGAGUUCGAGAAGGGCACCCAGGUAAAGCAAAUGCCUUGCAAGCACGUGUACCAUGACGGGUGCUUGCUUCCUUGGCUCGAACUGCAUAACUCUUGCCCGGUAUGUCGAUAUGAGUUGCCCACCGAUGACCCCGAUUAUGAGAACCCAGCCCAAAGGGCUCAGGGGAAUGCAAAUGCCGGGUGGAGAUCUGUUGGCAGUGCCAGCAGCAGCGGAGGGGGUAGCAGGCCUGUUCAGAGGACUUUUAGGAUAUCAUUGCGGUAUCCAUUUGGCUCUCGUGAGUCUGCUCAGGAGAGCAGCGAACGAGGAUGGGGAACUAUGCAAGAAGAUUUGGAUUGAAGCUACCCCGAUUGAUGCCUGAAAGAUCGGAAACUUUCUUGUGCAGCGUAAAGUUUCCGCCAAUCAUUGGGCAUUGCUGCGAUUACACGAGUCUUUAGUGGGGAUUGGGAGAUAUUAUCUAUGAAUGGGAACCUUGUGGAAAUCAAAGGUCAUUUUGUCUUGUGCAUUGUCAGGAAAUGGAAUGGGAUUGCUUUACGGGACAAGGAAGACAGUCAUUGAGAUUUUAGGCGUUGUUGUUGAGUGUUUAGGACAAUUUGUCCCUUAUCUUUACUGUACAGAUCAUCUUCAAUUGUUGAUUGCCAUCUCUUCUCUUGUAUGCUUUCUAAAUUUUCAUGACUAUAUUUGAAUGAACUAGUCCACAUGGUUGGGUUAUGAAUUAGAUCAUAUUAGAAGCAAUUUACUGAGAUAAAGGAAUGGCGUUAGUUGUAUUCUUGUAUCUUUAAAUAAUCCAUAUAAAUUAAGUGGCGCUGUAA